AUGGACCAAUGUCGCGGCGUUAUAUCCCAACUUUACCUUUUCUUCCUCCUUCUUCACUGUCUUGAGGUUGACCUUGAAAUCAGCCUUCGUGAGUUUGGAGGUGUCGCCGUCUGUGGUCUUCUUCACCCUCUUCAAGUUGGGCCUCUUCGUCCCCUUCAGCUCGUUGAUCUUCUCAACCAGUGUCUGGAUCUGAGCAACAAUCACACCCUUCACAUCCCAACAGCGUCGUCUUCUCUUAGGAUUCUGGACAAGCGCUUGGACUGCAACCAACAGGGUCUUAAAAACUGCACAAUUAAUAACUGCUCAGACAAGCGCAUGGUUGUACCCAGAGGACGUGCGCCCGUCGGCCCGGAAUGGGAUGCUGAGCAUGUGGGGGUCUGGAUGGACGAGCACGGACCGCUUUCUGUGGUGAAUGUGACAUGGCAAAUAAAGGGAGAUGGAAGUGCAAUAACCGUUCUUGGAUCUGAGAUAAAUAUUCUUGAUGAAAGUACAAAUCAAAGUAUCUGUGUGCAGUUUUCUUACAACCUCAGCCAACCGCAUAAUCCAGACUAUAUGAGGUGGACAUUUUCCUUGGAUGGAGUCGUGGUGGAGCCCGACCAUAUAUACAGAGUGUCUCUUUUUAAUCUGCCAGAACCUGAUAUCGGAGACUACAAGAUAAAUAAGACCAUUACCAUCCCAGGAUGUGGUGACGGGAGGAUCCAAAAGGCACAAAUGUGUCUGGAAAAUGGUAGUCUGUGGGAUCCGAACGUGACCACUGCUGUGUCUCUUAAUGAGGAACUUGGAAAGUUCUCCAUUGUUGUGAGUUUUAAGACAGCUCAGUAUUCAGAGAGAUACCGAGUCUCCAUCCAGAGUUCUGGUUUCCGUUGCUCAAAGGAUGUCUCAAAGGACAACAGAACUUUGCUAAAUGUGUCCUUUGAGUUUGGUUGGUGGCAGCUUCCACAAUGUGAAACCCUGUUAAAGAUUCAGCCGUUUUUUGUUCGAUGCAAGAACGACUGUGGGCGCCCUGAGAAAAUAAUAGAUGUUUGUCAAGAUUAUCCAGCACGAACUUUAAUUAUAAAGGCAAUGGUGGGGCUGCUUUUCAUUGGUGGUUGUGUUGCCUAUUUACUGUGGAGAGCCACUCAGAAAGAUCCAGUCAACACAUCCUCAGCUGCUGCCAAACAGCAGCCAGAAUGUUUCAAAGUGCAGGACAGAAAAAGAGUCCUCAUCAUCUACUCCCUCGAUCACCCUUUAUACAAAAGCAUUGUCCUCAGGCUUUGUGCCUUUCUGGCGUCCAAAUGUGGCACUGAAGUGGUCCUGGAUCUGCUGGACUCUAGAAGACUGGGACUGUUGGGAAGCAUCCAGUGGUUGGACUGGCACAGAGAACAAAUAGAAAGCUCUUCAGAUAAGAUUCUGAUCCUGUGCUCACGGGGAGUAAAAGCCAAAUGGCGAGCCAUGUGUGGUGACGAACGGGUCUUCCUGAGAGAGGACGCCUGCUCACCUGUAGGCGACAUGCUCAGUCCGGCCCUCAGUCUCAUGGUCCCCCAUUUUGUCCGAUCUGCGUCGUUUGAAAAAUACAUAGUGGCUUACUUUGACAAUGUUUGCUGUGAAGAAGAUGUCCCUUCACCUUUCCACAUUACAGUGCGCUACAAGCUGAUGAAACAGUUUGAGGAGCUCUUUUUCAGAAUCCUGGACACCGAGAGGCACGAGCCGGGCAGAGUGAAUCACAUCGAGGGGCUUUCAGAGGACGAGUACUAUCGCUGUCCCUCGGGCAGAGCCCUGCGGGACGCCAUCGAGGCCUUUCACGCAUACCAGCUGGAGCGUCCACAGUGGUUUGAAAAUGAGUUAGUGAGAAGCUCAAAGAGCUCAGUUGAGAUCCACGACGAUGUGAAAACAACCAAGAAUCUCUUAACAUACAGCGUACCCGACUCAAGCCAAGUCACCAGUCAUGUUGAGACACAAGACGUCGAUUUCACUGGAGACGAAACGGAACUUAAUGUGUCUUAAGUGUUUUAAAUGUGCACCUCAGUUGAGGUCAGCCCUCUUAUUAUGGAGAACAUUUGUCAAGUCCUGAGCAAGGCACUGAACCACUGA